AUGGCGGAACAGGACAAGAUGCAGUCGAUUAGCGCUGAUGAAAUCGCUCUCUAUGACCGACAGAUUCGACUCUGGGGAGUCCACGCCCAAGAAAAGAUCCGCUCGGCAAACAUCCUCUUGAUCUCCGUCAGAGCCCUGGCCAAUGAAGUAGCCAAGAACCUCGUUCUAGCAGGCAUCGGUUCUCUCACAAUCCUCGACCACCAGGAUGUCACAGAGGAGGACCUGGGUGCGCAGUUCUUCAUCGCAGAGGCGCAAACCGAGGGAGAUGUGAUUGGGAAAAACCGUGCGCAAGCCGCAGGCCCCCAGAUCCACAAGAUGAACCCGCGCGUCAAGCUGAACAUCGACACCGACGACGUCAAGACGAAACAACCCGAGUUCUUCGCGCAAUUCGAUCUCACAAUCGCCACCGAGCAAGACUUCCUCACAAACACCACCAUCAACGCCGCCUGCCGCCUAGCCAACCGACCAUUCUACGCGGCCGGACUACACGGAUUCUACGGCUACGCCUUCGCCGACCUAAUCAGCCAUGACUUCGUGAUCGAGCGCGCCAAAUCCAACAUGAAUACCACCGCCCAGGAAACUCCAACCCGCAGCAUAAUCUCCACGAGCACCAAGAAAGAAAACGACAAGGCCAUCGAGCUCGUCACCAAGCGCGAAAUCUACUCCCCUCUCAUCCUCGCAAACACAUCCCCCCUCCCAGAAGAAUACACCCGUCUCCCCCGUCGCCGCAAGCAAGUAACCCCGCUCCUCAGCUGUCUGCGCGCACUGUGGGAAUUCGAGAAAAUGCUCGGCCGCCGCCCGACCUUCACGCACGAGGACCUAGAGCUCUUCACCAAGCUGUCCCGCGACCGACACCAGGAACUGAAGCUCGAGCCCGCCACGCUCGAAGCCGGGUUCUUGCGCACGUUCCUUCAGAAUCUGGGCAGCGAGUUGAGUCCCGUUGCGGCGUUCCUUGGUGGAGCCCUAGCGCAGGACGUCAUCAAUGUUCUGUCGGGUAGGGAGCAGCCGCUGCAGAAUAUGUUGCUGUUCGAUGGCGAGAGGUCCGUCGGUCCUAUUUAUCCGCUGCAUCCGUUCUUCCCUGAUCUUGGCGCUGGUGCUGAGAUGGCUGCUGUGCCGCCUGUUCGGAACCCUGUCACUGUUCCUGUUGAUGGGACUGUCCCGCAGCUUUAA